CCGAGAAGAGACCGGGAAAUAAUAUUGCCCAAAUAGUGUACUUUUUAUUUUUUAAGAAAGGUGGAACUUAUAUUAAAGCAGUGAACAAGGCAAGACAUAUCUUGAUUUUUAUUCGCCGGGGCUUUAAGAACCAAAACAUAUGACGUUUAACAGUGAAUAAAUUUGGUAUUGCCAUAUCCGUUUCCAGUCCAAAUGACAUUUUCCAAAAAUAGUGUACUUUCGAUUUCGAGAAUGAUGUAAUUUAUAAUCAAGCAGUGAACAAGUGACAAUGGAAAAAGACGAAAUAGAAGAAGGUGACAUAACUGUUAGUCCAGAUCAAGAAGUGGAAAUGUCGACGGACGAGGCCGCUCAAAGUGAAUGUGGAGAAAUAGAAGAGAAAGAAGAUGGAGAUCGUCCUUUAGAAAAGCAACACUCUGAGGCUGUUGGGAAGGAGCCUCGUUUACCAAUAGCAUUCGAAGAUAUUGAUGAAGUUGAUGACCCGGAAUUUUGCGAGGAUUUGAACAUACCUAAAAUGGUAAAUAUUGAGUCCAACAAAGGACCGCCUGGGGUAUUAGUUAAAUCUUCUGAAUUUCUCAAAUAUUGUGAGCCAUGCAAAUCUCUAGAAAAUGUGGACAAAGCUGCCGAAGUUUUCUGUAAAGAAUGUGAAGAGUUGAUGUGCAAAACUUGCAAGGAAAGACAUUCUGCGUCAAAACGGCUAAGAGAUCAUGAGUUUACCGAAGUUCCAAAAAUUAAAGAUGUAGAAAAGCCACAGUUAUAUUGCGAACCAUGCCAGCAUCAGGGACAGCAAAGAGACGCAGUUUGCUUUUGUCCAGAAUGUGAAAAUGAAUUGCUUUGUGAAAAUUGCAGGAAAGUUCACAAAGUCAUGAAGACAACGAGAAUGCACAAGAUUUUUGAUGUCUCGGAUGUCAUACCCGUCAUCUCCCCCACACCGACAUCUGUUCGGUGUUGUGAACCCUGUGAAGCUCAAAAUGUUCAUUCCAUAGCGACUAUGUUAUGUCCUGUCUGCGGGGAUGAAGCUUUGUGUGAUGCCUGUGCCCGUUAUCACAAGGCACAAAAGAUAACAAAGGAGCAUAUUCUGUAUCCAGUUCAGGGUUUAACCCAAAAGUCAACAAAGAAAAUGCCACAAAAGCUAUUUUGUGACCCAUGCAAGGCUCAGGAUAUGGAGUACGAAGCAUCCAUGUUUUGCAGAGAAUGCGAUGACGAACUCCUUUGUGACCAUUGCGUCAAGUAUCAUGGCGCUCAUAAAAAGACCAGACACCAUGCCUUGUUUCCUAUGUCAGAAAACAGUAACCAAGGGAAGAAAGAGUCCAUGAAAAGACUAUCUGAGCCAGGAUUUCCAUCAGUCAGGCCGAAACACGCCCUUGAUAGAUCAUUUGAGACCGAUACACACCAAAAGGUGGAGCAGAUGGAACAGCAUCGGAAACAGGAGCAGCCUGGUAAGCCAAUUGCUGCUGACAUAUCCUCAGAUUCUUUAACACUAUUUUGGAAUAAACCGGAAAGAUUCGGACCAAAUGACUACUUUCAGAUUUCUUAUAAGGAGUUGAAUAGAGAAGGCAAGUGGCGGGUAUAUCAUGGCGAAUACACAGCAUCCACGGUAAAGCUGGAGAACUUGAAGUCCAAUGCUCGCUUUGUCUUUCGAGUUCGUGUAAUCUCUAUUGACGAAGAAUGGCCAUAUAGCCCACUGAGUGACGAAAUUCAAACAGAAACCUCACCGGCGUCUAGAAUUGUGGAAUUUUCAGUACUCUUAACUGAUGAAGAACACCGAAAUGAUAACAAUUGGUCGCCCGACGUGUAUGCGCUACCUCUUACAGAAGUGAAAGAGGCUAGAAAUGCUCUGGCAAAGACCAGGAAAUUUGAAGUCGGUGCCCGACCAAAGGGCUUGGUGAAAGAGAAAUAUAUAAUGAUGAUUGGAGAAACAGGAACUGGGAAAAGCACGCUAGUCGAUGGCAUAGCCAACUAUGUUAUGGGUGUAAACUGGCAAGAUCCCUUUAGAUUUUCUAUUGUCAACUUAGAGGAUGAGGAAAAGAAAAAGAAAACGAACCAGGCGCUUUCACAGACCGAGUGGAUAACUUGCUAUACCAUUUACCCCGCCAAAGGAAGUCGUCUGCAAUACACGAUACAUAUCAUCGACACACCUGGGUUUGGAGACACAAGAGGCAUCGACCGAGACCAAGAAAUUGUGCAACAAAUUAAGGAACUGUUUUCCGAGAAAGAGCCAAAGGGCGUAUUGUCAAUCGAUGCUGUUUGUUUUCUUAUCAAAGCACCAGACGCCCGUCUUACCCCAAUUCAGAGUUACAUUUUCCAACAGAUCAUGUCCCUGUUUGGGAAAGACAUAGAAGAAAACAUAUGUUCAUUGGUCACUUUCGCCGAUGGAUUGGACCCACCUGUUUUUGCCGCUCUGAAAGAAUCUGGAUUGCCUUUUGGAAAGCGAUUUACGUUCAAUAAUUCCGGGCUAUUUGCGAAAAACAAAGACAUCGAAUGCACAUGCCUUUCGCCAAUGUUCUGGGAUAUGGGAAUGAAGAGCUUUAGCAACUUCUUCCACUAUAUUGAUGACCUCCCAACAAAAAGCCUGCAGCUUACAACAGACGUCUUGAAUGAGCGUUGUCGCCUGGAAAUGACUGUUGUAAACUUGCAACCAAAAAUUGAUGUUGGAUUACAUAAAAUCCACCAACUUAAAGGUGAAAUUAGGUUUUUUGAAGAGAACAAAGCCAUCAUUGCGGACAAUAAGGACUUUACUUAUUUUACUACGUCUACUCACCAGGUUAAGAAGGAUCUUCCAAGGGGCCAACAUGUCACGAACUGCACACACUGUCACUUUACUUGUCAUCAAAAUUGUGGCAUUCCUAAUAAUGAAGAUAAACGCGGAUGCUGGGCUAUGAAUAGGAGCACUGGGUUCUGCAGGAUUUGUCCAGACAAUUGCUACUGGGACAAGCAUUCUAACACGCCAUACAUAUUCGAGUACGUUUUGGUUGACGAGGUGAAGACCUAUGCUGAAAUGAAACAGAAAUAUGAAGAUGCUUCAGGAAAGCUAUUAACACAGGAGCAAGUGCUGGAAAAAAUGGGAGAGGAAUUGGGAGAGAUGAUCGAUACCAUUGAAGAUAUGAUGGUAACGAUUCGAAAUUGUAACGUCAGGCUUGGAACAAUCGCACUGCGACCGAAUCCACUAACUGUCACCGAGCAUAUCGAUUUGAUGAUCCAGAAUGAAAAAAUGCAAAAGAAAAAUGGCUGGUACCAGCGUGUUAAAACUUUGUACCGAUUCAAAAAGCGAGCAGAAGUAGCAAAGGAUGUUGAAGCAUUUCAAACGGAGGCAAACACCCUUGGUGUUGUAGGAAGACGAAAGAAGGACAGGCGAACUGUUUUCCAAAGAUUUAGGGACCUUUUUGGGUGGUAGACAUCGCCAGUGAUUCUCGGCAGAUCGAUUUUAGCCACAUAGCAUAUUGUGCUAACAUUACAGAUGUUAAAACUACAAAUGACGUCGGACGGUUGAGUUUUCAAAUAACAUGCAUUGCGUGUCAUGUACUUUGCAUUGAGUAAUACUAUUCCAUAUACUUAUAUCAUUUUUGGUCUUGUACAUGAUUUAAACGCAAGUUAUAUAUAUAUUGAUACAUGAUGAGAGUCUUAUAUUAUGUUUAUGAUGCUGCCUGCAGUUGCUGAGGAAUGUGAAGUUAAAUAGUUAUAAUUACUGUCGUUCUGAAAACCAAUAAGGGUUAUUUUCGAUCGUGCAGUGAAAACCAUUUUUUUUUAAAACGUGCACAUUCAAUACAUUUUUUAUUAUUAACUAAUGUAUGCAUGGACACUUACACUGACAUUAAAAAGGUCACUGGGCGUGUCACAGUAGAUAACAUAGUUUUAUUAUCAUUAACGAAAAUCUGUCUUUAUAUUAUUAUGCGUUUAAUGCAAUAUUGUUUGUGUACUUUAUUUUUUAAUGUUUUCUGCACAAUUGACAAAAUACACGUUGUAUGUAUAACAUAUCAGAUCUUAUUUUUAGACGGUCAUUUUCAAAAAUGUUAUUUUUCAAACAUCAAAACUUUCUCUAAAAUGUUUUGACCAAUACUGAUCAAUUUAAAAUAUUGCAAAGUUUUUACAUAAUGCUUCAUUGAUGAGGCAGAAAUUGUCACGCAGGCAUCGAUAUGUAUAUCCUUUGCGUAUAGUGUUCUUAUAAUAAUACCUUUGACAUUAUUUGUUGUUAGGUCAUAUAAUAUAUUCGCGUGCAUAUUAUGUAUUUCUCAUAUUGUCAAUUUGUCAAUUUGUUGUUCUCUUGUCAAAGGAAUUGUGCAAAUUCAACACAAAUAUUUAACUAUGGACCAUAUCGCCACCUUAGUGCAAGAACUCCAUAUCUGCUUCUAUUUCUAUAUGCAGUUAUUGAGUUAUUGCACAAAGGUGACGAUAUUAUAUUAAAGAAACUGUUUUAACAUUCACAUUUCAUUAAAACUUUCAUAUACUCACCCAGCUACGCUCUUAUUAACGGCCUAACGUUUUCUCUACAUUUCUAUUUGCAUCCUCCCCAACUGUGUUUUUGUCAUCUCUUGAUCUGAAUCGUUACUGAUCAAAGGUAUAGGUGACCAUUAAAGUGACACUCUUAUUCAAAAUCAAUACCUACACAUGUAUAAUAAACAUCAAUUUUGACUGAUAAACCUUUAAAUACUUACUUAAUAAUAUUUAAUACUGAUAACAAAAUUGUAACCGUGUUUUUAAUAGUAAAAAGCGCAAAAAUAUUAAAUGAUUGGUGAAUGCUAAAAUAUUUACUGUGGUCUACUAUAGUCUCUUGAGGUAGAAAUACCGUGUUUCAUGCUCAUUUCUUUCAAAAACGAACAAACUCGGUAUCCUUCAUAAGAACAAUUGCUUUCGACAUUUAUUAAUUCUUUUUGGAAUAUUAAAACAAUAUUAUUAUUUGUGGUAAAUCUUAUUUAAGUAAGGGUGCAUCUUAAUUUCGGCUUUUGUACAUUUUUGUUGACUUAAAUAUAAUUCGGAAAUUUAAGUAUGAAACUAUGUAUGCAUUACAGCAUAAUAACGUUAAUUAUCUUGAAUGUUUGCAAGAUACAUUGUAUGUGUAUUUAACAAGUGAACAAUUACGAUAUUCAUGUAAAAAAGCUAACUUACAUUACGGAAAGCAGAUAGUUCCGUGCUUUUUAUAACAAACGAAAACAACUAUCAAUAACAAUGAUAAAAUGUUGUAGAAGAUAUGUUACUUCCAAAGGUUAUAACUAGAAUUUGCAAAACCUUUAAAAAUGUUUUUUUUUUGGUUCUGGAUGCGAAAUGUUGUGCGUAGCUUUUAAUGUAGUGUUAAAUAUAUGUCAAGCAUAUUCAAGGCAAUAAAUGUUGUAUUUCA